AUGGCGUCGGACAUGCGCGCCGCACAGUGCGCUCUCGCGCGCAACUUGCUGUCUUCCGUGCUCGCGUUAGCCUUCCCGUGCGAUCUAGAGAGCGACAGUGCUGUCCAGCGCUCGUUCUUGGCGCAGCAACUGCCGCCUCUGUGUGAAGCUCUCGAGCGCCACAACGUGUUUGGACUAGUGACCGACGGGAAAGCCUUGACGAAGUGGCAGGCAAAGCUCCUGCAGCUCAUUGACGGACCCGGUGCUUGUGGUUGUGUGGGUUGGAAACUGCUGCUGACGACGACACGUCAGAGUUCGCUGGCACGACUGGAAUUGCUUGCUACAGAGCUACUGGAACGCGUCGUGAAGCUUUUGAAGCGGCAGGUGUCGAGCAAGGAAGACGACAUUGGUGCAUGGGAGGCCACUGCUGCUGCGCUCGGUGUCGCUCAAGUGCUCUUGCGGCAUGCAGACAGGUAUAACCCCGACAUUCGUCGUGAGGUGCAGGAGCAACAGGCGAAGCUAUUGCAACCGCUGGUCGCCCUUCUGUUGAGCAAGCGUCAGAGCAGCGAGAUGGCGCUUGCAUUCGUUGCAGCAUUGGAGCUGAUUGCCGCACUAUUGCGUGUAUCCCCCAACUCGUUGAGAACGUAUGCAGUGAAGAUCGAGUCUGCGUGUGUGAAUGCGCUCUUUCCAGCUGCAAAUGGAGACGCACAGAAUGAGAUCUUGGCUGAGAAAGCAAUGACGUGUCUGGCGUUACUGUGCAACGCGUCCGAUAAGCCGCAGCAGGUGUGGAUGCUGAUGGCUCAGAAAGCGCUAGAAGCUGCGCACCAGCAACUUGAUUUGUUUGCAAGCAAGCGCUCGACGGCGUACUUCACCGAAGCGAUGACGGGAAAAAAGUUGUGGGUGCAAGGAGCAGCUAGUCAGCAUUUGGCAACGUAUCAUCGAGCAGAAGUGACGCUCGUCAGGAUGACCCGUGCAGUGAGCGUAUUAUGCGAACUGCUGAGUGCUCGCACUGCAACGCAAAAUCGUGGACAGGUCUCUGAGCGUGAGGCGCAACAGAUCCUGCCCGGAGUUGUGUUAUUCGCUCAGCGCGCCAUGGCAGUACGUGCGCACGAAGUGGGCAAGCAUACGGGCGUAUCGGACAAUGGCGUACGACUUCCAUUGAGCGUUAUAUACGCCAUGGCUCCGCGAGUUUAUGUCCAAGCUUUGCGUGCAUUGAGUGCAUCAGUGGACCGCACUGGACUGUGCGCUUUGCGUCACGCGAGCAAGAUCACGCGCGUUCUUUUACUUGCGUCUGAAAAUGUGGGCGAUGCAGAAGAUCUCCAGGCCUUGGCUCAUGCUACAGCGGUUUGUGCGCGCCGUCUGGGUGCAAGUACUGUGGAAAAGUUUGGUGUGCCUUUGCUAACUGACCUGGUGACGCGUUGUAAGCGCAGUCUUGACGAGGCAACGAGUACGCAACUGCCAGCGAAUGAUCUGAUGGUAAAACUUGCGACGCAACAAAUGGACAUGAAGAACAAUAGCAGUAAGAGCAAGAAGCGAAAGCGUCAAGCAGCUGCUGCCGCAACUAUAGCUGCUUUGAACGGAGGGAACACAUUUGGUAGCCAGGCAGCUUUUGUGUCUGUGCGAGACGAAGCUUUUGUCACGCUGACCCUUGAGACAGUGAUCACCGCUGCUGCUGGCUGUGUGAGCGUGUAUGGAAGCUUGCUGCCAGAGGAUUGCCGCUCCUUGUUUCGUGGCCUGUUGCUCGAAGCGGCUCAGCAUCGGCAAAUGGUGGGAUCAGGUCAAACGUAUGGCGAGGUUGACCCGGUGGCACUAGCGCUUUUGUCAGACGUCGUGACUGCUGACACUGUAGGCUCACAUGCGGCUAAUCUGCAUUAUGGCAUUCAGUACUGGCAGCGUCGCAUUGUCCGUACUGGUGGAGCUUUGUCGGUGUUUCAGUCGGUAGCACUCAAUGUUGGCGAGGCGUUGCUGCACCCGCGUGCGCCCCCUCUGACGAUUGACUUUCAAAAGGACAGCAGCGAGGAGCAGAAACACAAUGGCUACCACCGAUCUGAGCCGAAGGCGAUCGCAUGGACCGCUGGUUUGGAUAAUGCGAUGGAAUGGGAUGGAAGUGAGCACGACGAUAGUGGCGACGGAGGCGCGGAGGACGUUGAACGACCAAAUGAGGAGUCAACUGAAUUGGGGGCGUCUACGGUUGUGGACGAUGACCUGGACGAGGACUACGAGGAUGCCCGUCCGCAAGGUCCAACAGACGAACCGAUGGAGGUUGACAUGCAAGAAGUAGCGAUCGAGGAGGAGGAGGAGGGCGAGGAGGAGGAGGAGAGGACAAGUGACGACUAG